AUGUAUUUAUAAACAAUUUAUCAAACAUAUGUUUGCGGAGAAAGUUGAACUCACAGACUUAUUAAAUAUGAGUCAUCUGCUUAUCAAUUGAACCAAUUUUCUUAGCACAAAUUCUCUUCUCCUUAUUGUUGAAACUUCAACCUCACAAAAUUCACAAUUCCACAAAGUUUUAAGUUUCAAAUUUAUUUUUUGUUGUCCACCUUAACUCUUCAAAGGUUUUGGAAGAUUCUUUAACAUAUAAAAGCAAAGAUAUUUGUAUCUCCCCACUUUUCAUCAUUUUCAGAAUAGAAUAUAUAAUCUAUCAACUCAAAUCUUCAAUCUCCACCCAUCUUUUCUAUCCCUCAUUGCUCAUGUUUUGUUGAAUUCAUCAUAGAAACAUGGAAGCUGUUCUUCACUCAAAAGGGUUUCUCUCUCUUCCCACAAACCCCAAAACCAGGUUCUUAAACCCAUCACAUGGCUUAAAGCAUAGAUUUUUCUCACCAAAUUCCAAAAUCCUUGGUGGGUUUUCUCUAACUAAUAAUGGGUUGGUUAAUCUCAAUAGUUCUACCUUAAAAGCUACUAUCUUUGAUAAAAAAGACAAAAACUUGUUCAUAUGCAAAGCUGAAGCAGAUUCUGCUGGUGUUGGUGAAGCAGUUUUUGAUGAAUCAGAAACUGAGAAACCAAAGUUUUUAGGUGUUGAAGUUAUCACACUCAAGAAGAUUAUACCACUUGGGAUGAUGUUUUUUUGUAUUUUGUUCAAUUACACAAUUCUAAGAGAUACAAAAGAUGUUCUUGUUGUGACUGCUAGAGGAAGUAGUGCUGAGAUUAUACCUUUUUUGAAAACAUGGGUGAAUCUUCCUAUGGCUAUUGGUUUUAUGUUGUUGUACACAAAGUUAUCUAAUGUUUUGUCAAAACAGGCUCUUUUUUAUUCUGUUAUUGUUCCUUUUAUUGCUUUCUUUGGGGCUUUUGGGUUUGUUUUGUAUCCUCUUAGCAACUAUAUUCACCCUCAGGCAUUUGCUGAUAACCUUCUUAAUAUCCUUGGACCUCGGUUUCUUGGUCCGCUUGCUAUUAUGAGGAUUUGGAGUUUCUGUUUGUUCUAUGUCAUGGCUGAAUUGUGGGGGAGUGUUGUGAUUUCUGUCCUGUUUUGGGGGCUUGCCAAUCAGAUAACCACUGUUGAUGAGGCAAAGCGAUUCUAUCCACUGUUUGGACUUGGAGCCAAUGUUGCCCUUGUAUUCUCCGGUCGGACAGUCAAAUACUUUUCUAGUCUAAGGGAAACUUUAGGUCCUGGAGUUGAUGGUUGGGCCAUCUCCCUAAAAGCAAUGAUGAGCAUUGUUGUUGGUAUGGGACUUGUUAUCUGUUUCCUGUAUUGGUGGGUGAACAAUUACGUUCCUCUUCCCGCUCGUAGCCAGAAGAAAAAGGAGAAGCCGAAAAUGGGAACAAUGGAGAGCUUGAAGUUCUUGAUGUCUUCAAGAUAUAUAAGGGAUCUUGCCACAUUAGUGGUUGCAUAUGGAAUAAGCAUUAAUCUUGUUGAAGUUACAUGGAAAUCAAAGCUCAAAGCUCAGUUUCCUAGCCCGAAUGAGUACUCGUCCUUUAUGGGUGAUUUCUCAACCGCAACUGGAAUCGCUACCUUCACAAUGAUGCUUGUAAGCCAAUUUAUAUUCAACAAAUAUGGAUGGGGAGUUGCUGCGACGAUCACACCUACCGUCCUGCUUAUGACUGGAGUUGGUUUCUUUUCUCUAAUAUUAUUUGGCGAUCCACUCGCCCCCGUUAUUGGAAAGCUUGGAUUGACUCCAUUGCUAGCUGCUGUAUAUGUUGGUGCCUUGCAAAACAUAUUCAGCAAGAGUGCUAAGUACAGUUUAUUUGAUCCAUGCAAAGAAAUGGCCUACAUACCCUUGGAUGAGGAUACCAAGGUCAAGGGGAAGGCAGCCAUUGAUGUUGUAUGCAAUCCAUUAGGAAAAUCUGGUGGUGCUCUAAUCCAGCAGUUCAUGAUCCUAACUUUUGGUUCACUAGCUAAUUCAACUCCAUACUUGGGAGGUGUACUUUUGGUGAUUGUUCUUGCAUGGUUAGCAGCAGCCAAGUCACUCGACACUCAGUUUACCGCAUUGCGCCGCGAAGAAGAACUUGAGAAAGAGUUGGAAAGAGAAACUGCUGUUAAGGUACCAGUGUUGACUGAGAAUGAAGAUGAAGAUGGUUCCGUUGCACCUUUAUAUACAGAAGCAGAUGACUUCUCAAUUAGUCCAUCUGAAUCUUGAACAUCUCACAAUAAUUAAUUUUAGAUUGCAAUUCUAUAGAUAGGAUUGCUAGAUAGAAAGAAUAAGCUCCACUCAUGAAAGAAGCGUUUGGUUUAACAAUUUGUUGUAGGUAAUUAUCUGGCUAUAGAAUAAGUUUACUCAUCACUUUUUUCAAGUCA